AUGCGUUGGAGGCGACUUCAGAAAACAUCAAUAGCUGAUUGCCGCGAUAUCGUCGUGUUCAGAGGCAAGUUCUAUGCAAUAUUUAUCAACGAGGACGUAUUCGCUAUCGACCCCUACACGCUGGAAACAACUCCUCUGACUCCCCCAGAGAUUGUGGACUGUGGGAGAUGCAAUUACCUGGUUCCGUAUGGCGAUGAUGAGGGGUUUUACCUUGUCGAGAGGAUCAUCGUUCGUAACGGUGUGUUGUGUUUCAGCAAGUUAGCGUGUAGAGUGAGUGUGCUAGAUGAGGAGGCUGGUGAAUGGGUUGUGGUAAGCGAUCUUGGAGAUCGUGUAUUGUUGAUUGGACGACCUGGGAACUGCUCUGGAAACGCCUCAUGCUCUGCGAAGGAACUUCCUGAUGGUUGUGAUGUGAGUGGGAGCUCGAUGCUGUUCAUUAAUGAGAUAUUUAAUGUGAUUUAUCCUUAUAAAUAUGGAAUAGAUACGGGUGGCAUAUUUGAUAUUUUUGAUAUUUGA